AUGAUAUUUCUCGUAUCUAUCACUUAUGCUAAAUUCCAUAGUAAACGUGGGAAAGUGCAAAAACGUGAACUGCUACAAGCAUCACCCACCUUCUGCAUAAAGUUCAUGAACACUCUAGUGCAAGGUGAUUCUAUGUACGGAGAGUACAUUUAUAAAGUCUCCAGUCAAUAUGUUUCCUUUAUCAAAAUUAGGCGGAUCAAAGUCGACGGAGAUUUUAAUGGUACUCGGAACAUCCUUCUUCGUUAUUUUGCACUUAAUCAGCCUUCAAAGGAGCUAGUAUUUGCUGACACUGGGCUUACUCCCUGGGACUAG